GGGAGUGGAGGGGUGUGUGUGUGUGCCUUGUCUCGCUUCCUCCGACCGAGAGAGCGCCCUGCAUCUCCGCCUCCCCGCUGAGCGCCCGCUUCUCUCCCCCUCUCCCGCACGCUCUUGUAUUGGCCCUUCGCCUACUGUCCCUCGCGCCAUGUGACCCCGAACUGUGACAAAGCACUUUUGUUUUUUGCUUAGUCAUCGCCGCCGCCGCCGUCGAAGAGAGUCCCGGCGAGCCGCCCGCCGCCAGUAGUCUUUUCAGCCCCGGAGCCGUCGCCUGCUCGCAUCGAGCCUUCCGGGAGCAGCCGCCACUAAGCCGCCGAGCACCGGGCUCCUGCAUGGGGACCGAGAGCGGCAGCGCCGGCGUCCUGCUGGGACAAGCGGGCGUCCUCAACUUGCAGACGGGCAACCUGCUCAACUGGGGCCGCCUGCGGAAGAAGUGCCCGGCGGCCCCCAGCGAAGAGCUGCGGGAUUGCAUUAAGAAAACCUUAAAUGAAUGGAGUUCAAAGAUCAGCCCUGAUCUAAUGCAGGAAAUGCCCGAUAUCCUUGAAUGUACUCUGGCUCAAGCAAUAGAAAAGAUCAACCCUGAAGAAAGGGAAGAGUUGAAAGUUUCAGCAAAACUGUUUAUUGCGGGAUCAAACUCAUCAUCAAUCAGAGAAGCAGUCAAUAUGACAUGUUCUGCCCUUGGGGUAGAACAGUUAGAUUCUGUGAUUAUCGCUCCUCCUCCAACUGAAGACGGAAUAAAUCUUUCAGAGUAUUUACAGCCUUACUGGUCAGAACUUGAAAACAUAGUUCAAAACAAAAAGAUUGUUGCCAUAGGGACUUCUGAUCUAGACAAAGCCCUGUUGGAGCAGCUGUUUUUGUGGGCACAGGUGAAGCCAAGCAGUAACCAAGUGAACCUUGCUUCCUGUUGUGUGAUGCCACCAGAUCUGACUGCCUUUGCAAAAGAAUUUGACAUCCAGUUGCUAACUCAUAAUGAUCCAAAAGAACUACUUUGCGAAGCAAGUUUCCAAGAAGCUCUUCAGGAAAGUAUCCCAGAAUGCCAAGUACAUGAAUGGACUCCACUGUGGCUUCUGCGGUAUUCAGUCAUUGUGAAGAGCAGAGGAAUUAUCAAAUCCAAAGGCUACAUCUUACAAGCAAGAAGAAUACCUUCAUCUUAAGACUUUUGACAAUGGCCUGGUUGUGAAAAGAUCCUUUCUCUACAAGGCAUUGCACCAAGGUGCAAAUGAACAAAUGUGUUAUUAUUAAGUGGUCAGUGAUGCCCAAAUUGUAUAGUGGCAUAGACAUGUGACAGCAUACUUGAUCCAUUGAUUUCCUUUCUUUUCUUACGUGCUUUUUGUACAGAGACCAGCUUGCUCAAAUGGGAAAUAGUUGUUUUCACUAAA